AUGACUCCCAAGUCCAAGAGAAAAAGCAUCCACAGUAGAAUGCUCCGUCCAGUUUCUCGUGCCUUCGAGAUGGAGUUUGACCUUGACAAGGCCCUGGAAGAUGUUCCUAUCCACACAGAGGACCCUCCUGCACCUUCCCCUGCUCCUACCCUCUCGAGGUUAGAGAAGAGACCGUCAGGGGCCAUGGGAGAACUGCCCUCAGACGAGGCCAAGAAGCUGCAGCACUUCACCAAACUACGGCCUCGCAGGAACAAGAAGAUGCAGUCCAGUAAGAUACCGCAAAUCAGCAGCACCACGUCUCAGGACGGAGAGCAGAACGGCCUGCAUGGAAGGGUUGAUGAGGGGGUGGACGAGUUCUUCUCCAAGAAAGUCACCAAGAUGGACUCGAAACGUUCCCUAAAGAGUUCAGACUCCCAGGACGGGGAGAAGAAGAGGAGUAAAGGAGGUUUCCUCAACCUCAUCAAGUCUCGCACCUCCAAGUCUUCAGACAAAGACAAGUCUUCAGACAAAGACAAGUCAGAGAAGAACCAGUCUACCCCAGCUCCAGCCCUAACCCCAGCUCCAGCCCUAACCCCAGCUCCAGUAACCACUGUCUCCGAGGGGCCUUCCUCCCCUAAGGCCUCCCUGAAGAGCCAAGCUCCAGAACCACCAACCAAAGUCAAGGAGGCCAAGGCCCAGUCCACUCAUCCCAGCCAGCUCACCCAACCCCUGGAGUGCAGCAGCAGCUCAGACCGGUCUGAGGAGCUACGGACCCCAGAUUCUAUGGAUGAGGUGUCAGAGGGGGACAGUAAAGGUAGUCCCCAGGGGGGGAGGCGCUACGGGGUGCAGGUGAUGGGGACUGGACUCCUGGCGGAGAUGAAGGCCAAGCAGGAGAGACGGACCUUCGGAUCACAUAAGGACCAGUAUGACCAGUCGUCCAGUCCAGACAGCAGUGGCAAUGUGAAGGGCCAGCCUAUCCCAACAGAGAGCAGGUCUCCAGGUGGCUCCAAGGCAGAGGGGGUGGUGGUGGUCGGCUCCCCAGAGAAGAGCCCUCGUGGUGGGGAGGCCAAACCAGAGACGGUCCCUAGGAACCGCAUUACCUCAGUCCUAAGUUCCAGUCCUAAGCCUCCUCUUCAGGGCCCCAAGCCAGCCCUCGCUGCCCGACCCUCCAUCCUUCAGAAGCCGCGCACCGGCAGUAGCAGGAGCAUAGAUGAGGUCUGUGACUCUCCUGGAGGGAAUGUGUCUCCCAAGGGGGCAAUGCUGCCUUACAGCCUGAAGAGGGUCCCCUUGGACAAGGACAAGGAGGGGCAGGGCAGUCCUCUACUGGGGGGCACGGGGAGCAACAAAAACCCCUCUGCUCAGGCAGCAGUGAAACCAGGCUCAGUGUCGGACCCUGCCAAUCGCCAGAGCCCCCACCGCCACAACUCUGAGGACAACAGUUCCAAACCCAAGGACCAAUCCCCCAACCCUGACAGAGACAAGGGACCGGGGAGAAAGUCUCCCCGAUCUGGAGAAGAGGCCGACAAAGACUUUAUUUUUCUAUGAGAAACUAAACUCUCAAUGAAUGACAGGUGCAUUGUACCUGCCUGUCAUCUCAGUAUAUCUGAUGUCAGGAAUCAGAAAGCGACGACCGUAUGUCUAAAGACUGUCGGGCAGAGUAACCCAUGUGAAGUGUUUCACUGUGAUAGGACUGUUGGACACUUUCACUAAAUCUCAGUAAUACCAAGAUAAAUACGGCUAAAGCACUGUUAUGAUGAUGCACUGUUGUGUGUUAAGUCACUGUGGAUCAUAAACAACACAUUUUCUGAAGGGGGAAGGAGAGGGACAUCCCUUUACAUGACUCAGAUAUCUCAUGGUUUGGCCAUGUGUGUACUAUGUCAUCAUGGUUUGGCCAUGUGUGUACUAUGUCAUCAUGGUUUGGCCAUGUGUGUACUAUGUCAUCAUGGUUUGGCCAUGUGUGUACUAUGUCAUCAUGGUUUGGCCAUGUGUGUACUAUGUCAUCAUGGUUUGGCCAUGUGUGUACAUAUGUCAUCAUGGUUUGGCCAUGUGUGUACUAUGUCAUCAUGGUUUGGCCAUGUGUGUACUAUGUCAUCAUGGUUUGGCCAUGUGUGUACUAUGUCAUCAUGGUUUGGCCAUGUGUGUACUAUGUCAUCAUGGUUUGGCCAUGUGU